UCGAGAGGGAGUGAAUGGCGCCGACCUCGAGGCUGGCAAGGGAGUUUGGCUCUUAUUAAAGGGCUUGUAAACCUAAGAAUAUCUUGGUUGUUUAGAUGGACUGAGUCAUGUCCUAGCCUGCCCCUCCUUUAUCUGAGUCUUCGGGAUGUUGCCAGCGAGAUAAAAGGAAGCUGUUUGGGAUAAAAGUGAAUGCCAAUGCUGCCGUAUCAGAACCACCUGCAAGCCACUGGUUGAGAAGUGAUGGCUUAUUUUGUCUGCUGUGAUGCACCAGUAUGGUGAUGGAACCUGUAUAUGAAAAAUAAAAAUUGGUGUUCAAAGGUAAAAGAUAUGGCAGAACCACUCCUAAAGAAAGCAAGGCAGGAAUGCUCUCAAGAACUCUGCCCUGAACGGACAAGUCUUCUGAAUCCACAGAUGAUUAGAAGAGCAAUUUUGCAUGAUGUGAAUGAACCCUUAGUGUUCAAGGGCUACCUUAAGGGAAAGUGGAAGUGUUUAGAAUGGGAGGUCAAAGACUGGGGUAGAGUCCUUGGGGAUGACAACCUCAUGUUUCGCGUUGGUGCAAGGGUUAAGGAGGGUGACCAGCUAAAGUCUCCACAGUGGGAGACAGAGUGCAUGAAGUUGUCCAUGAGAUAUUGUGACUUUUUAGAGUGGAUAAAAGGUCAGAAGACAUUUUUGAGUCAAUGUGGGUCUCAGGUAAACUGCAGUACACAUUGGGCCUAUUUUGAUUAUUUUUACAUGAAAGAUUUAGAGCACCCAGAGCACUUAUUGGGAGCCAUAGACUGGGGUACAUUUGGCUUCACUGAGAGGGGAUUAACUGAUAGUACACUAUGGAUAGGGAGCACAGGUGCUAAUACACCAUGUCAUAUUGACACAUAUGGAUGUAAUCUUGUUGCUCAAGUAAUGGGGAAAAAGAGAUGGGUACUGUUUCCAAAGUCUCAGUCAGAAUACCUUUCACCCACACGUGUGCCAUAUGAGGAGUCAAGUAUAUACAGUGAAGUGGGCUUUCCUCGACCUGAUACUUCUUCACACCCUAGAUUGGUCUCAACUACUCCUUAUGUAGUUACACUUGAGGCUGGGGAUGUGUUAUUUGUUCCAAAUCAAUGGUGGCACUCGGUAGAAAAUAUGGAAUUUGCUGUGAGUAUAAAUACAUGGAUAGAGCUUCCUUCUGAUGAUGAAGAAAGAGUAAAGGAAGCCAUUGUGAUGCACCAGAUAGGAUCUCUGUGUCAGGGUAUUGAGUCAGUUGAUCUCAUAUCCUCAGCAUUUAACCCUAAUAUGAUGAAUAUAGCAACUAUGACCUCUACAGAUCUUCUUAAUCUCCUAGUCCAUAAAGUCUUCCAGAACAAAGACACAAAAGAAAAAGAAGAAUCUAAAAAAAGUGAUUAUGUGCAUGCUGGUGUUUUUGACUGGACAAAUAAGGAAUGGUGUCAUAAUUAUAAUAUAACCAGGGUUGAAAAAUUAUUAUUUGAAGAGUACUAUGGAAGUAAUUGUGAGGAAAAGAAGACAGAUUCUGAGAAAAGUGCAAAGAAAUGCAAAAGCUUGCCAGAUGAAAUUCAGUUUUCUCACCUAAAGCUCUUGAUAGAUGCUUUCACUGACCCACGUGUAAUUGAUCAAGUGAAAAAGAUUUUAGAUGAAAAACUCCAUAGCCCUUCAUGAUUAUUGAGCUUUAAGUUUAUUUUACAGCAUGAGCUUAGUGCUUUUAUUUCUUUGUUCAGUUUGUUUUAUAUUUUAGGAUUGCUUACCUUUUAAUUUUGUAAUACCAUUAUGUUCUUGAUAAACAUUAUUUCAUCUUACUGUAUUUAUAAUGACAUAAUUUUGUAUUCCAGCCUGUUGUGCUAAAUAAAAUGGAUGAAUCUGAA